AUGAACGAGAACAGGCCCAGCUGCUGGAUUGGUGUGAAGGUGUUUGGGAAUGAGCUCAGCGUGUUUACAUGCGAAGAUCUCCACAAUCAAAUCAACCAGGUGUCGCUGAGCAUGGCUGGACUGGCCGUCAAACUGCUCAAGGGUCAGGAGGUGCAGCUGAACCACAGAUCCAUGUUGAUGACAGAGGAGCUGGCUUUACCGUCUCUGUCUGGUUUACCCGUCAAACUGGGCAUCAACAUGACCUCCCUUCUUUCACUGCGUCUGAAAGGCAACGUCAACUACAGGGAUUAUUCUCACUUCUCCCUGACAGGAUACAUCAAACCCAAUGCUGAUGUGAGCCUCUCAGUCAGGAUGGGGGUUGACAGUGCUUUGGGUCAGGCCGCAGUGGAGUGGGUUGCUGAGCUGAGGAGUGCCACUAAUGUGGAUGGCAGCAUCCAGCUGCAGGAGGGGCAGGAUUUCAGGGUCACACUUAACACACCAGAGGACUUAAUGGACAUCUUCUCUCUCAGAUCAAGAGUGUUUCAGCUCAGUGGAGACCACAGAGAGGAGAUAAAGGGGCCAAAGAGUCGGGUCCAAAAGACCACCUGCACGCCAAAAGCCUGGUCCAAGAUGGUGGGUUGGCAGCUGUGUUCCAACACCUCGUACCCAUCACUUGCCACUGGUGUUGCUUUCCCGCCCUCUGGACCAGUCCACCUCUCCCUCAGGCUGCUGAAGCUGGACAGAGGUCUCCAUUACUAUCUGCUUGAGGCUGCUUACUCAGUACAUCAUCAGAGAGGGACCUGGCUUCCCAGGGAGGCAUCCAUCCACCUCUUACUAGCCACUCCUCAGUCCUCCAUCCCUAGAGACAUGUCUCUGGAUCUGGCCUUCAGCCCUCGCAGACUGCUUCUGAAGAUCAUUCAUCCUCUGAAAAACAUCCAUGUACAAGGAGAACUUGACCAAGAGAGGAAUACCAAGUCAGGAAAGCUGGAGCUCUUGAUUGAUGGUGUUCAUUUUUAUAUCAUGGGUUUGGCUGACACCCAGACCUUGCUGUCAGAGCAGAGGACUCGCUACCACCUUGAAGCCAAGUUGGCCCCUGAUCGAUAUCCCAUAAUCCUCUCUGCAAAUAUAACUCGUGGACUGGGAGGGAAAACAAGCUUUUCUGCCACUGUGAAGAAUGUGUUCAGAGAACCUGCAUCACUGUUGGUGGUCCUGGAACGCAGGCGGGAUGGCAGCAGCAAGCAGUACUCUGUGGAGGCGGAGCUCCUCUUACCUGGUGUAGUCGGCAGCAGGAUGCUCGGGCUGAUGGAGCAGAGGGGCUCACUGUGGAGCUCUGUGCUCAGGCUCAAAUACGGCCUGGGAGUUGAUGCUCGCCACCUGCUUCAGGAGUGCUACACAUCUCAGAGAGUGAGGAGUGAGAGGGACUCAAACCUCACAUACAUCAUGAGAGCUGAUCAUGAAUUCUACUGCACCAACACUGCUCCUAUUAACCAUAAGAUCCACCUCAGGCACGAGGAAAGCUUGAGCCACAUUAAAUCAUCUUUGGACAUGAGCUACGGCAAGCACUGGGAUGAGAUAAACAACAAGCACACACUUCUCCUGAGCCAGUCUUUCAAAAACCAGUCCACAGAGAAUCACACCAGCUACACUCUGGAGUUCAAUCUCCAAGUACCGGAGAAAAACAUAAACUACAGGACUCAGCUUCUACACUCUCACCUGACACAGCAAGGCUCCGAGAGGAGCACUCACUUAAAAAUCAACUACAACAAUCUGAUGCCAUUGGUGGCUGGAUUACACUGGAAAAGCCCACCUAAAAAUGCCCUGCACAAGACAUGGGAGGGAUCAUUUAACAUGGACACACCAUUGCUGUACAUUUACGCUGCACACAAGUUAAACCAGCUCCAGAGCCAUACACUGCAGCUGACCUCUGAGCUGACAGCCAGCAAGUGGAUGACCAUCCGUAACCUCGUCCUGGAGGGUUAUUACAAGGACAGGGGCAGAGAGAAGGAGGCCCGCCUGGAGCUCUACACACCUGCCAUCACCUACCUGCAGGCAGGGGGCUGGGGUUUUCUAGGGAAGCGGACUGUAAAGGCCUCAGGCUCCUUGAGCUCACUGUGGACUUCUCCCCUCCAAGCAGACAUCUCUCUGGAGGCGUCUAAAUUCAGCCACACCCUGCAAAUGGCCUCCACCUACGGCAAUCAAAAUGUAACCCUUGCUGCUGCCCUGAACACUGCUGAUAAGAAUUUGAAAAAGAGGCAAGCAAUUCUGAAGAUGACCUUCUCAAAGCCAAAGGGUCCACCCACUGAAGUGGAGCUUGAGGGAAUAGUAGAGGAGUUGAAGAAGGACAAGAGGAUGUAUAAGAAAACUGCCAUGCUCCAGCUUAGACAGCCCUUCCAGACCUUUCUUCCAACUCUCCUCCUCCGGGAGACUUUCACUGUCGACCUCCUCAAUGGCCUCUAUGUUCUGGAGUCUAAAGCUGGUUUCAGUGCCAACAGAGAGGUCAUCCACACCCUGACCCUGGGCUACCAACCACCAAGCCCUUUUGUUUGUUCUGCAUUGAUCCAUCCAUUCAGCACUGACACUGUUCCAUCAGACUCUGAAAUCUGUGUGACUGUAACCAGCAACCAGAACCAGAGAGAUAUACAAGGGAGGUUACGAGUUGGGAGCAAGGAGAGACUGACUUUCUCUGGGCAAGUUCAUCUAAAGCCUACGCAUUCAACUCACCAAGCAAUAAAAGUUAAAGGCAGCUUUUCCCAUCAGCUCCAGCUGCAGCUCCCCUCCUCUGCUAUAAUGGAAGGAGAUGUAGUUUGGACCCCAAACAGCAACAAUGACUUUGAUUAUCAGGCCAAAGGGAAACUAAGAAUAGAGCGUCAAGAGUGCCAGCUUUCUGUGCAGCUGAAUGGAACGUCAGGAAAAGUUGGUCUGUAUUCAUCUCUCCGUCAUCCCUUCAAAUCAAAGAUUCCCAAAACAUUAGAGGCGUCUGCAGACAUGUCGAUGGUGCCUGGCGAAGGGAGCAGCUCAGUGUGUGUGAGGGCUGAUGGGAAGGACAGGCUGAAGCUGAAUGCUCAGAUGUCCCACUUCAUGCAGAAGGGAGACAGAGCUGUAGGACUGAGGCUGAACUUAUCCCAGAGCCUGCUACCUACAACCACUGACCUACAUGUAAACAUAGCGGGCAACAUGUCCUCAGACAGGGUCUUUCUACGGGGCUCCGUCACACAGGGAAUGCAGGUUCUGCUGGCCCAGCUCAAAGGGUCUUUAAAAAACUCAGAGGGCGUCCAGAUGGCUGUGACAGGGGACCUGAGGCACACAAUGACCAGCAUAGAUUUUCUGCCUUCAGUCCUGGGGUUGGAUGGGGCACUGGGGCAGUCUGACAGUUUAAUCGAAGGACAGCUGAGAGUUAGAUUGAUGGACACAGUGUACAGUGCAGAGCUGAGACAUCAGCGAGAUCCUGGAGAAACUCUGGAUGGAGGCGAUGAAGAAGGAACGAUGGGAAAGAGGCCCCACGUGGUCCACGACUGGCUGUGCGUUUGGUCCGGGGAGGAGCAUUUGUGUGUGAAUGUGAGCCGCCAGCUGGGGAAUCAAGGGAAGGGAGAGCUCUACGCACAGCUGUCUCACUCUUUCCAUGUCCUCGGUGUCACAGGUGUACCUCCCAACAGUAGUGCUCAGGUUAAAUGGGCCCAGGAAGAUGAUGGCUUGUCAGUCCUGGGAGAGCUACAGAUCGGACGCGAGCAUUUUGGAGCUGAGUUUCAUGGAGGCAGGACACACCAUCCUACCCCCCAGUGGGUAUUUUCCUCUAGGUUGAAGCACCAAGUUGAAGCCCUGCUGAAAAGAGGCCUGCCGCCCUCCUUUGAAGCCAAAGCCCAUUACCAGUUAGAAACAGAAGGACUGGACACGGGCUUGAUCCUUCACAUGGAAGAUGUGAGAGUUGCUGACAUCCUUUUAAACGUUGGAUCAAGAAAUAAAAUCAGCGUUUUGGUAGUGUCUCUAUGGCAACAGAUGAAGCUGCUCCAAGGACUCAUACCUACCUCUUUACAGAUGAACUGCACAGGGGACGUCACCGCAGACCGACUCUCGGCUCACUGCUAUGGAAAUGUGGCAGACAGCCCCAUGGAGAAGUUUGAGCUACAGCUCAUCACAGCAGCAGAGCAGAACAACGCCACUGAUGAUGCAGCUGCAAGCUUGGACAGCUAUGCAUAUGUCUUGCAGGAUAUUCGUAGAAUCUCUCAGAAGUAA